AACCGACAUAGCAACCAUUGUUUUAGGGCCAUCCAAUCAUUCCAGUUCAGUGCGCGAAAAGCAGGAAGCUUUUGCUCUUCCCAAAAAUAGGGCGCGAAAAAUAGAAAGAUGGCAAUUUCUUGCUUGAAGAACGCCAACUCCAACUCAGCCGAGAACACGUUCCUCUACACGCCGUGCCACUGUCCGGCGGAAAAGCUACUGCGCCAGCAGCAGGUCCGCUGUGAGAAGCCUCGCAUGCCCCACCGGGUGUCGCGAAGAACGCAAUACCUGGCCAAACCACGUAAUGCGCGCGGCAGGUACGAAAUAAGGGCCGUGAACCGUAGCACCAAGCAGACGGAGCUGUGUCGCUCGUACAAGGAACCGUACGCCUCGAAACGCAUCCAGCAGCUGGCAUUGCCGCACGUGCGGAAGCUGGUGGCCGCUCAGCAGGAGUACCGUCGCUUUAUCGCCCGCCGCCAGCAGGACCAGCUCGAGAAGCGCAUCAAGAAGAGCAUCUUUACCGUGUACAGUCGGCUGGCGAACGUGCAGCUGCCGGCGGUCGACAAGCUGAAGGGCAUGUCAGCGGACGAGUGGCAAAAGCAUCAGGACUGGCUGGUACGCAACGCCCAACCGAAGCAGGCUCCCGCGCCCGAACCACCGAAGCGCGAGCGGAAACCGUUGGCCGCCUUGAUCGGGCGUAUCGAUAGCUUGUCGGAACCACGGUUCGCUCGCAAGAAAUUUGCCGGUCAGGAAAAGCCUGGACCGGCCGCCAAACCGGGCGCUCUGAAAGCGAUGGCAUCCGACCACGUGACCAAGCUUGCGGAACCGCUUGAGCGUCGCAAGCGAGCGAAGGGUGUUCCCGUGGAGGAUACACGGUUGCCGGAAAACGUGCUCAAAGCGGUUGCCUCGAGCCGAGUGGCAGAGUUGGCCGUUGCAAAGUCGUAUCGGAAUGUGAACAACGAGUACCGCGAUAAACCGUUCACGGUGGAACCGAAUGCGCUGAAGGCGAAGCCGAGCGACCGCAUCCUGGAGCUGGCGAAACCGAAGAAGGUGAAAAAGUAGGGAUUUUCUGGCUCCUUCCAGUACUGUUUCAAAAGUUUCGAGCAUUCGAACAAGCAAAAUAGGCAAAAUUAUUUAUUGUGAAGCAAAAUUUUACGGCACAUGAGAGCAUCGUUCUUACGUUUCUAACAGAAAUGAAGCAAUAAGAGUUGUUGAGAAGUUGCUUUACCAACCGGUACACACACUGUCGCGUGUUGCAUUUAUUAUUAUUCGAUGACUCGUCAUUUACUAGAAACUUACAACGGCGGCAAUGGCUAUUAUUAGUGCUACCUUUGCUCGUCUGGUGGUUUUAGGGAGCGGCUUGUCUUACUUUUCGCGUAAUACUCUCGAACGUAGCCGAACAGCUUUUCGAUGGCAUCGUAACUCCUGACUGCGCGUCGUCUUCUUCUACUUUGGUAGGUUCAAUAAAUAGGGGGCUAAACCGUUGUUUUUUAAAAACAUGUUCCACUAGACAAAAGUUUAUCAGCGACAUUUUGCAUUCAUUUAGAGGGGCGGUAAAGAUUUGCGAAGGUGGCGAAAAA